UUACGUUAUCACCUAAUUGACACAUCUGUAUAUUAUUAUCAACAGGCGAUUAAGAUACAGGUAGGUAACAUCAAGUCUGCAAGAAAUUCCCAACAAACAUUCCAGAGAAAAAUGGCGGAUGUUUCUGUAUACAGCUUCAGUGAAGAUUUCAAAGUGACAGAAGACGUCAAAAGGAACUUUGAAGAGCAUGGUUAUAUUAUUCUCAAAGGAUUACUUGACAAAGAUGAGGUAUCUCUGAUAGAGACCGCCAUAAAAGGACCCGGCUUCACUGAGAAUAUUUACGGGGAUAAGGAGUAUGGUAAGAAAACAGACAAGGUGCUAUGGAAACACCCCGGAAAUGACAUCACUGGAAUGUUGGCUCGGAGUGAGAAAGUUGCCGGUAUAUCGGAACAGCUUCUGGGUGGAGAAGUUUACCAUUACCACACAAAGCUGAUGAUGAAGGAAGGCGGACGGGGAGCUAGACACGUGUGGCACCAGGACUACGGGUAUUGGUACUGGAACGGCUGCCUGUUCCCCGACUUGCUCACCGUAUUCAUUCCACUGGAUUACUGUAGAAAGGAGAACAGCUGUCUCCAGUUACUACGGGGUUCUCACAGAUGUGGCAGGAUCGAACAUAAAGCUAUAGGAGAGCAGAAUGGAUGUGAUAUGGACAGAGUAAAUGAGAUCAUGACAGUGUGUCCUCAUCAGUUCAUGGAAAUGGACCCUGGCGAUGCCAUAUUCUUCCACUGUAACGUCAUACACUCCAGUAGUGAUAAUGAUAGUGACAAGAGAAGAUGGGCGUUUUUAACGGCAUUCAACAAAGCCACCAACAAUCCCACUAAGGAACACCACCAUCCGCAGUACACCCCACUUGAAAAGGUCCCUAAUUCUGCCAUCAAAUCGUGUAAGAAUUUCACGGACAUGUCGGGGAAGAUCUUUGUAGAUCCAGCCAGGGACACGACGUACAAAGGAAAUUAUAUUAAUGUGAACAAAUCAUAGGUUGUUGGUAGCAAUAUGGACAAGCUGUAUAUGGACAAAAGGAACACUACAGUACAAGUGUAUCUGCCGUUUUGGAAUUGUCAAAGCAUUCAACAUGUUAGGUCUUAGAGAAAGAAAACAAUACGGUUAACUGUACAUUGAUACAGACGCUAGAUAACUAGAAUAACUCGCAAUAUUUGUCGUUUGUGUGUCUAGUGACUUAUAUAAUUGCUUUUAUCAAAUAAAUUGUAUCUACGUGAUCGUUGUACAUGUUUUUGAUAAAAACAAAACAAAACAAAAAAAACACAAAUGAAUUUUUUUUUUUUGUAUGUUGUCCUAUUUUUUUACCGAUAUCGAGUAUAGUGAGGCAUCCCGUUGUUGUUUUUCUUCCGCCGGGUGUUUCUUCAAUAAAACAAGUUGAUCUC